UCGAAUUUUUGAACACCGAAUAGAUCUUAAUGGCCGUCGACUUGGUAGAUUUCGAUCCCAACUCAUGGGAAUCUUUGCUCAGCCUAAACACCAACGUAAUUGAAAAUGAAAACCUUAAGCUGCACAAUAACUGUGAUAGAGUCGAACUACCGGCUAUCAUGUGUAUAACUCCAAAAAUAUCCGUGGAAGAUGAGGAACCGUCUUCACCAAAACUGUCCAAUACUUCGGUGGCUUCACACGAAAACAGUACAAGAUCGUCAGACUGUAAAACUAAAGAAGAUCAACAAGCAAAAACUGAAGAAGAGUGUAAAGAAAUUAAGUACAAACUGCGACCGAGAUCAAUUCAGAAGCGGAAAGAACUCGAGAUCAAAAGGCACUGCAAGAAGGAACCAAAGCCUAAACAGAAACCACCGCCGUUAAGCAAAUAUCGCAGGCGUACGGCAAACGCCCGAGAAAGAUAUCGAAUGGAAAAAAUGAAUCAAGCUUUUGAGCAGCUUCGUCAAGCGAUUCCACAGUUUCCUAAUGCGGUGGGGAUGAACAACUCGAAGCUAACAAAAAUCACAACGCUCCGGCUGGCUGUGAAUUACAUCGCUGCCUUGGCUGAUAUUUUACGAAAAACUGACUGUAAUGAUAAAGAACAAACUACAGAGGGGCCAUCACAAGUAGUCGAUUCUACAGACUUGAACCUGGAUAUUGGGAGUGAUGGAUGUGAUUUAACAGUUGAUGAUCUGACUUUUCUAUUAGAUUCUGAUGAAGAUAGUAUGGAGUACACUACUGAUCUUCUAUUUCCAUGA